UGGUUUUUAUGAUUAUUUGACUUUCUAUCAUCAACCCACUAUAAAUAGAUUGCUGGGACGAUGAAAAGAAAACUAUUUCAUUUGAAUUCCUCUUCGGUUCUUUUAUAGAAACAAAGUUAAGGCAAGAGCUUAGGUUAGUUUGCCUAAGAAUGAGUAGAUGCGAGUUUUAAUUGAAUUAGGGAUGGAACUUUUCAUAGAGUUAAAAAGUGUCAGUUCUCAUAGGGAGGCUUAGGCUGAUGAGGCUAGGGCGAGGCCCCUCAAUUCUCAACCCCAACCUACACAAGUGGUUUUAAAAACCCACAUUUUCUUUGAAAAACAUUUUCACACACACUGUAGACUAAUAAACUCAUAGUAGCUACCAAAAUCAUGAUUUAUCAACUUAGUGUCCCUUGAUGUUUGCCUUCACCUUCAAAAAACUGAUAUCCGGUGAUUUGGAAGCUAGAUUUGAUGAUCAACACAGUAUUAACUCAUACAAUUGCUUUUGCAGGGCUCUCCACGAAAAAGAAGAAAGGCCUAAGGGUGGAUUAACGCGUACUCAGUUUUUCCUAAUUGCUUUCACCUGCAGCUUUGCUUAUUAUGUCUUCCCUGGCUACCUCUUUGAAAUGUUAACCUCUAUGUCUUGGAUUUGUUGGAUCUUUCCCCAAUCAGUUCUUGCCCAACAGCUUGGUUCUGGUCUUAAUGGGCUCGGAAUAGGCGCUUUUGGGUUCGAUUGGUCUACCAUCUCCUCCUACCUUGGAAGCCCCCUUGCAAGUCCAUGGUUUGCGACAGCCAACGUCGCAGUUGGAUUCUUCCUAAUUAUGUAUGUAUUAAUUCCAUUGUCCUAUUGGCUCAACGUUUUCAAAGCCAAAACCUUUCCAAUAUACUCGGACGAGCUGUUCACAUCAUCUGGUCAGGUUUACAAUAUUUCAAGUAUUAUUGACCCUAAUUUCCACCUUGACACCGCGGCCUAUGAACGAGAAGGGCAGUUGUAUAUCAGCACAUUGUUUGCAGUAACUUAUGGUGUUGGCUUUGCGGCACUCACUUCUACAGUUGCACAUGUGCUUCUCUUUCAUGGGAGAGAAAUAUGGGAACAAAGCAAAUCGAGUUUUCAACAGAAGACAAUGGACAUACACACAAAACUGAUGAGCAAGUACAAACAAGUUCCUGAGUGGUGGUUUUGGUGCAUCCUCGUGGCAAACAUUGCACUCACUAUCUUCGCCUGUGAGUAUUGCAAUGAGCAGCUUCAGUUGCCAUGGUGGGGAGUUAUUCUAGCCUGCAUGAUAGCCAUUUUCUUCACUCUUCCUAUUGGGAUCAUCACUGCCAUAACCAACCAGACCCCAGGACUGAACAUUAUCACAGAGUACAUUAUUGGGUAUAUAUACCCUGGAUAUCCCGUUGCCAACAUGUGCUUCAAGGUAUAUGGUUACAUAAGUAUGACACAGGCUGUGACAUUCUUGCAAGACUUCAAGCUUGGUCACUACAUGAAAAUUCCACCCAGAACAAUGUUCAUGGCACAGGUUGUGGGGACCCUUAUAGCGGGUUUCGUCUACUUGGGCACUGCAUGGUGGCUAAUGGAAACAAUCCCCGACAUCUGUGAUUCAACAUCCUCGGAUAGUGUAUGGACUUGCCCUUCGGAUCACGUGUUUUAUGACGCGUCUGUUAUCUGGGGGUUGAUCGGGCCUCGCAAAAUUUUUGGAGAUCAAGGCUAUUACAGGGUGACAAAUUGGUGGUUCCUUGGUGGAGCAAUAGCUCCUCUUUUGGUGUGGUUAACUCACAAGGCCUUCCCUAAUCAAGAUUGGAUUAAGCUCGUUAACAUGCCGGUAUUAAUAGGAGCCACUGGAAAUAUGCCUCCGGCUACAGCAGUUAACUACACAAGUUGGAUUGUUUUAGGGUUCCUCUCGGGCUACGUGGUGUAUCGAUAUAGACCGGACUUGUGGCAGCGUCACAAUUAUGUUCUUUCCGGUGCUCUUGACGCUGGCCUGGCCUUUAUGGGGGUGUUGUUGUAUUUGUGCUUGGGGUUGGAAAAUAUUAGUCUAAACUGGUGGGGUAAUGACCUUGAUGGGUGUCCCUAUGCUUCCUGUCCUACAGCCACGGGAAUUGUGGUUGAAGGCUGUCCAGUGGUAUCAUAAUUGAGAUGGUUUGAUAAGAACGAUAAUUUUAAUGAUGUAUGUGAAGUUGUAACAUAAAUGAGGUGCGAUUAAUCAUCAAAAUUAUUAUUU